CGAUGGACAUGCCCUCUUGUCCAUCGAGAUGGCGAUUGGAUAGCUAAGUUAGGAUUACGUGAUAUGCCUAAUGCAUAUGGGGAUUCUCAGUAGCGUCAAGUUUAAUAACAUAAACAUUAGGAUAUGUUAAGCAACAACGAGCAUGUUUGAACGUAAAACGUUUGCAGUUCAAGGGCGUGUUAAGCUUGUUAAUUGUACAUAAACCAUGGAUAUACAUUGUCAAACGUGAUCUAUUGUGAAUAACAGAAAACAAACGCUCUAAUGAAUAAUAAAAUCAAAGGAGUUUUCUGUGGAAGGAAAUCUAACGUGUUCAGAGGGAUUGUCACAUGCGAUGGCUAAUAAUGGAUCUAAAGACAUUCAAGGAGAAUUAUUACACAACGUUGGUUUAACCCCUGACGAUCAAACAGGCAUGUGCAACGGAAACGGUUCGAUUGAGCACAGAAUUAUAAAAGAUGAAACCAGCAGCUAUUGUUCCGAGGAAUCUGUCGAUUCCCCUCUGGAUUUUUCCUUCAAACGCAGACAUUGUGAAAUAGAGGCUUCUAGUACAGGUUCCCCAAAUUCUCCAGGAUCUACGCAAGGGGGUUCAGGCAGCUAUGGAGAGGACAAAAAGUUUUCUGACAACGAGGAUGGAUCAUCCUUCAAUGGGAAUUCAUAUCAUAAUAAUCAUAAGAGGGACUAUGAAAAUAGAAUGCCCUCUUCAAACCAAACAUUUAAUCCUGGAAUAGCAAGUGUCGUUCAAGCGAUUCAGUCUGGAGCUAUUCCAUCCGUAGCAGCAGCAAGUAUGUGUGGAACCUUUCCUUCUAUUGCUGCUCUUAUGGACCCUAGAAUAGCAUCCCAAGCAUCCAACAAACCAUCGCGUCCAUUUAAAGCUUACCCGAAGGAACCGCUUUCUGUACCAUUUGGAUGCUUCGGAAUGAAUCCAUAUCAGACAAUAGAAUCGAGUAUGUUACAGGGAUUAAACCUAAGUAGUGAAGACAUUAUGCAGCUAUAUAAGCAUCAGCUAAGAAGUCUACAAGAGCAGCAGUCGGAAUCUCAUAGAAGUCUCAUGAAACCAAGCACAUUGUCAAGUGCUUCAGCUACAAGUUCACAUACGGGUACCUCAGCUUCCUAUAAUCCACAGCACCAUAGCGCUCCCAAUACUCCAACAAGUUCAUCUUUCAAUCGUGCCCAAACCCCAUCAAUCCCUAGCACCAGCUCCGGACAGGCGUCAACUCACUCAAGUAGCAGACGACGAGCUAGAACCUUUCCAGACGAACAAAAGGAUGAAGCGUACUGGGAGAGGAGGAGAAAAAACAACGAAGCUGCAAAAAGAUCUAGAGAUGCGAGGAGAGCAAAAGAGGAUGAGAUAGCUAUACGAGCUGCUUUGUUAGAGCAAGAAAACAUGAAAUUACGGGUUGAAGUUGCGGCUUUAAAAACAGAAACGGCCAAGCUUCGAUGUAUGUUAUAUAACACAUAGACUUUUGUCAUAAAUAGGUCAGUUUUCUUCGUUAUUUUUGUUAGAGUUACUUGUCCACGUUUUUUCCUAGAUAAAAAUCCUUUUUCUUCUCUCAGGUAUGCUCGUAUGCAAUGUUUGUUAUCAAGUGAUAUUUUAUAGGAAUCAUCAAUCAUUUCUUGCUAGGUCGACGUGUCAUGGCAGCUAAUCGUAAUCAAUGAAGAACAAACAACCAAUGGGACCUCAUUGAAAUUUUAAAAGAUUUACAGGCUAAAACUGUUGACACAGUAGCGAAAUUAAUUUUUUUUUAGUGCUAUUUCUUUAAAUUACACCUUUUUGUGGCCCUUCAAUGCUUAGGCUACUAAGUUGGACUUACCACGAAAGAAACAUGUAUACUCGCAAAAUGUCAUCGAAAAUGUGACAGUCGUUUUUGUAAAUAUAUUAUUAUUUACUGUUUGAAACAAAAGUUGAAUGGACUGUUUUAAUGUAUGUAUGUUUCUGUGUGUGUCACAUUUUAUUGUCAGAAUGUUUCUCGAUGUAAUGUAACAAAAGUUAUGUAUUCACUUUUUUCAUCGCCAUGCGUCAUGAAAGUAAGGGAACAUAAUUUGCAUUCUUUCUUCUCUUUUUGUAUGACUUAACUCAGGGAGUUCACGACAACAAAUCAAUUUUAUUCAUUAUUUCUUAUCUUAUAUAAUGUAAUAUUUUUUCAUUUUAUGUGUGUAUGUGGUGCAUUGAUAAUGUUGAUAUCGAAUUUUAUCAAAUAUAUGUUAAUGGCCUUCUAUCUGGUUUAAUAGUCAUGACAUGAAAACUUUCUCGUUAAUUACAACCCCUCCGUGAACUUUAAAUAUCUUUUAGUCAUGUUUCCUGUGGGUUUCAAAUAUACCCUUGCAAUGGGUUUUUGUAUAGUGCAUACAAUUUUCUGGACAAUUAAUUUUUACGCUGACAAUUCUGUAAAAAGGAAAAAAAGCGAGUUUUCUUAUUUACGAUAUAUUUUUAGAAAAAAAGAGGUGUAGAUAAAUAUAUUUUUGAUAUACGUCGCCAGGAUUUAAAACUCUCGUUAGAAUUCCUUAAUUCUACCCAGCUAUACUGUCUACCUCAUGAUUUUUGCCUUAUAUAGAUCGUCAUAAAUGUGUAUCUUUCCUCUUAGUAUUUUUGUUACAUAAUGUUCAAAUACUCUUUACUCUUUUAAAUAAAUAUUUUUCCUUUGUAUAUGUUGAUGGACACAAAUUUAUAUCAAAUGUUUAUGAUACCAACGAAUCUAUUUGCAUUACAACAUAUAUAAGCCAUGCUUAAAUCCUCUCUUAGUGAUCAAAGAAACCAGAGAUAAAAAAAAUUCCCUUUAUUAACAAGUCUUAUUUUUUUCUUGUCAAUAAUUUGGUAUAUUUUGGAAUAAAGUUUUGUUGAACUUUUAA